CGGCGGCUGGGUGGAGGGGUAUUUAAGCUCUCUAAGACCAGGACUUCGCUCUCUCUGCAACACCGACCUCGUGCCCUCCUCGCGCUUGCAACUGCUCCAGCGCACUCGUCUCUCAGUUCUGUCGCUCCCUACUCAGUUCAAUCUCGCGCUCGAUCAUGAGCAUUGGACCGAUCCCCGAGUGUUCCAUGCGGUUGCCCACCUAUCGGGGGUCCUGGCAGCGACGCUACCACCCGUAUCCCCGCUAUGAGCUGUCGCUGAGGGAAAGACUUGAACAGGAUGCAGAGGCAGUAUCUCAUGAUGACGAAGAUCAUCUAGCCCUACCAGCUUACGUCCCGCGUUUGCCUCCCGCCGACGAAGUCGACGAAGUUAUCGACAGUCUCGAGGUCGCUGUUCACCCUCAAGGGAAGACUGUGUACUGGCAGCGGCCUUGCCUAUCCACGCUAGUCAUCGAUCUAGCUAUCUUCAUCAUUCUUUGGCGCCCGGCUAAGAACAUGUGGUCUGGAAAACAAUGAGAUGUGGUCUGGAAAACAAUGAGAUUGUUAGACUCCAUGCGAGCCUUACAACAGUCUUGUUCAUGUUCAUUUCGAAUUCAUCGCAGUCUAUGUUCUCGAUGUUACCAGUGUCUCCGCUAUGUUCGAGCUUUCGCGCCUGUCUUCCACGAUUCUCUUGUUCGUGUACUAUACUCG